AUGUUGUACAAGAGAAUAGGGAAGAUAGGAAAGAAGAGGGAAAAUGAAUUAGGGAUCAGGCAGGAGAAAGGGGGAGAUAUAAUUGUCCUUUCGCAGCGAGCAAAUGAGAAACCACAUGUUUUGGUUAUCCCAUAUCCAGCACAAGGCCAUGUCAUUCCUCUCAUGAAAUUCUCCCAAAACUUGGCCGAACAAGGCAUCAAAAUCAGCUUUCUUAACACAGAGUUCAAUCACAAGAGAGUCCUCGAUGCAUUUGGCAAGAAUGUGGCUGUAAACGGCUUACUUCGUCUAGUUUCGGUCCCUGAUGGACUGGAAGAUGGGGAAGACAGGAACCAGUUAGGGAAGUUCAAUGAAAGACUACGCGAGGUUAUGCCUAGACAGCUGAAGGAGUUCAUUCAUAAGGUUAAUGCAUCGGAUGAUGAUAAGAUUUCAUGUGUUUUAGCUUAUUUAUGCAUUGGGUUUGGGGUCAAUGUUGCGGCCGAGCUGGAGAUUCCGACGGUGGGAUUUUGGCCAGCCUCGGUGUUUCAACUAAUGUUGCUUCUUAGUAUCCCAAAGCUUAUUAAUGACGGAUUGAUUGACGAAAAUGUCACCCCACUUCAAGAUAAGAUAUUUCAGUUGUCACCAAUGUCGCCUGCUGUACACCCAACGAAUUUUUUAUGGCUUAGCAUUGAUGACACUCCUUCAACACAAAAAAAUCUGUUUGAUUUCACAAGGGAGAACAACAAAUCUGUUGAAACAACAGAUUUGGUACUUGGCAACUCAUCCAUUGAACUGGAGCCUGAAGGGUUCAACAUGGUUCCCAAAGUCCAACCUAUAGGUCCACUCCCAGCAGCCAAUCGGCUCGGAAACUUGUCGGGGAAUUUCUGGCCCGAGGAUCCAACUUGUCUGCAGUGGCUAGAUGGACAACCACCUGGUUCGGUCAUAUACGUUGCAUUUGGUAGUUUCACAGUUUUUGACGAAAUUCAGUUCCAAGAGUUGGCUUUGGGACUUGAGCUCACCAAAAGGCCAUUCCUUCGGGUCGUAAGGGAAGAUUGUACAAAGGGGAAACACCAUUUUUACCCAGAAGGGUUUAAAAAAAGAGUGGGGAAUGGAGGCAAGAUGGUGAGUUGGGAACCACAAGGAGCAGUGUUGCGACAUUUUUCCAUUGAUUGCUUUAUAAGUCACUGCGGGUGGAAUUCCAGCAUUGAAGGCGUGAGCAAUGGGGCUCCCUUCUUGUGUUGGCCUUACUUUGCAAACCAGUUCCUGAACGAGAGCUACAUAUGUGAUAUUUGGAAGGUCGGAUUGAGAUUCGAAAGGGACGAAAGAGGGAUUAUCGGAAAAGAAGAGAUUAAAAGCAAGGUGGAACAAUUGGUUGGUGAUGAUCAUCUCAGAACAAGAGCUGUUGAACUGAAGCAAAGGGUUACCAAAACUGUUGGUGAAGCUGGAACUUCUGGUAAGGUAUUCGAGGAUCUUGUUCAGUGGUUGAAAUCAUAG